AUGUCAGACCAGGAGAGGCAUGACCAGGACAUCAUCCGGCUGCAAGAAAAGCGAGAAAGGAAACUCCUUCAAGCCAUCCGCAAAAACAACAUCACCAAGGUCAACGUACUUCUCGCAGAUGGUGUUUCACCUGAUGGCAGCUCCGAAAGGGCCCCAUUGCAGCUGGCCGCUCGCUUAGGCAGACGCGAAAUUAUGCAGUUACUCAUCCAAUACAACGCCCAGUCUCCGAGCAAUCCCGGCCCGGACUCGGAUGACGACGAGUUGCUCACAGCGGCCGGCCGAGGACGAGUGGAGAUCCUAAAGAUGCUUAUGGACUACCGCAAAAAGUUGGGCUACAAGGGCACUGCUUGGCCAAGUCAUCGAGGUGACGAGCCCAUUCACCGUGCUGCCAGUUGGGGUAACCUGGAAUGCCUGAAGCUAUUGGUGAAGGAAGGUGCCACGAUUAACCUUGAAAAUUCACAUUGGGAGACACCAUUACAUCUUGCUGCCAGUCUUCCAACUGGGAUGAAGAAUGGAUUGCCGGUUCUACGGUUUUUGCUCGCAUCAGGCGCAAGUAUCAAUGCUUUGACCACUAAGGGUGACACACCUAUUUUGAUGGCAGCUCGUGCUGGUAAUGAGGCCGCUAUUAAGGAAUUACUCAAGUCAUCGCCCAAUCUUCACCAACAAGGUCAAUUUGGAGAGACAGUUUUACUUGUUGCUGCUUCAUAUUGUUCUACGAGAACGGUACAGAUGCUCGUUGCGGCAGGCGCUAAUAUGAACUUCCAGACUAAGUUCAAUGCUUCUGUUUUACAUCUAGCAACCGAAGCUGGCAAAACCCGGACCUUCAAAUGGAUCCUCGAUAAGAGUAAUCUUACCAUUAACGAUCUCGACUCUCAUAACUGGACCCCAUUGCAUUAUGCUGCGUGCAAUAACCAGGUGGCGAUGGCCAAGUACUUGCUUGAAAACGGAGCGAAUCCCUCAAUCGCAUCAAUCCCAGGAGAUCAUACCCCUCUCCACCUGGCAGCGGCUUAUAGCGAUAGCCACAACCCCAAACGAGAUGACGGACAGGACGAUCCCACAUUAGUCGAAUACCUCAUUCACUAUGGCGCUGAUGUGAUGGCGCCGGGAGACAGUACAACUCUGCGCUUCACAGGAUGGGUCUCAAAGGCGUCUCGGACAAAUAAGUACUCGACAUCACAGGAAAAUACGAGCCGAUCUAACACCAUCUACCCCCUCCACUGUGCCGUCAGGAGUGGUGCUAUCUAG